AUGGAUGACAUUAUUACCGAUGGGUUAAAUGGAGUUUCUUUGAGAGAUCACUCCAUGGCCAGUGACCAUUGGUUUCUGGUGGCUCUGAGUAAGAAAACAUUACACAUAUACAAAUUCUACCCGAAAACAGCUACAAAUCCAGGUAAACAAAAUAGUGUGAUCUUACUUCGUUUUUUAGUGGAGAAGCUGGAGCUGUUCAGGGAGUAUUCUGACAUUUCAAAGUCAUUUGUUAGCAAUAAAGGGAAUCUGGUCUGUUUAUUAAAAGAAUCGUCCAAUUCCAUUCAACUCACUGAACUUGAAUCUUCCAAAGUGCUCAAAUCUCUAAAUCUACCCAAUGAUUCUGUAUUAAAGGAGGUGGUUUUUAGUCCCUUGGACACAUUUUUAACAGUUUUAACAUCAUGGUCCCAGUCAAAUCCGAACAAUCUAGUCGUGUAUAACCUUAAAGACCCCAAUUAUUCCGUGGUUUUGUCAUUACCUUAUGAGAAAUCGUAUGUUGUUAGCAGAUUUCCAACUUGGACUCAAGAUGAAUCUUUUUGUAUUUUAAGGGUGAUGGAUGAAAUAAAGGUUUGGAAGAAUAAUGAUUUUUCAAAGUUAUAUUCUAGUUUUACAGUAAACUUAACCCCUGAAUCAGUCACAAAUGAUACUACUAAUUCUCCGCCAACUGACAAAACUGAUUCUUUACCAACUGAUAAAACUAAUUCUUUACUAUCCCGUGGAAAUAAUUAUUUAACAACUGAUAAAACUAAUACCUUACCAACCCGAGUAACCAAUUCGUCACCAACCAGUAAAACUAACUCGUUACCGAGUGGUGCAACAAUAUCACUAUCGCCGCCAAACGAUAAGGGAUUUUGUUAUAUAGGAAUCUUCGCGUCAAACCAGGGCAAAUUUGACCGCGGAGUUUUAAGAAUUUAUUCCACAACACAACUAGAAAAGCCGAUUUUUAAUAAAGAAUUCGACGCGAGUGAAGAAGGAGAACUUUUUUGGAACAGCAAAGGCACGAGUGUGCUUUUUAGAACCUUUGCUAACUCCGUUAAAGGGCUCGCAUCCUACUACGGAGCAAAUUCAUUAUACCUCAUUAACUUGAACAACUCGAAGUUCAAGACGAUAAGUACAGUAAAUGACGGUAUAAUUCAUGACAUCUCCUGGUCUCGAAAUGGGAAAGACUUUUUACUCUUAAAAGGACCAAUGCCAGCAGAAAUUGAUUUGUACGAUGGUGUGACGGGUUUGAAGACGUUAAGUUUCGGCAAGAAUAACAGGAACACAGUGAAGAGGGACCCGUUUGACCGACUCGUUUUAAUGGGAGGUUUUGGAAACUUGAGAGGUGAAAUUGACAUUUGGGACAUGAAAACCAAGAAAAAGAUUUCACAAUCCAAAUCUGAAUGUUCUGUGAGUUGUGAGUUUAGUCCUGAUGGAAUGUACUUUGUAACUGCCACAACGGUGCCCAGGAUGAGGGUUGACUGUUGUUUCAAGAUAUUUUCGUAUAGUGGGAAGCUGGUUCAGAGAGUUGAUUUCGAGGAGCUUUACCACGUGUACGUGAGGAACCCAAAAUUCAAAUUUCGUCAAAGAGACCCUUCCCCUUCAGUAACUCUUGAAAACUCGACCACCUCAACUCCUCUUUACAGACCUCCAGGAUCACUUUCUGGUCCCAAAAUCAUCAAACAAACCAAUAUACCAGCCAACACUGCUGUUCCGGUUAUUAAUAAGCCUAAGCUUGUUGGACCACCAGGAGCUGACGCUGCACUUUUAUCAGCCGCUUCGAAAAUCAAAAAAAAGAACCGAAAUAAAAAAUAA